UAGAGAGCAGUAGACACACACAUGCAACCGCUAUUCUCAGCUCUCGCCCGCCAGCAUGCCGCCUGUUGUUUAGUGUUGUACGCAUGGGCAGCUGAUGUAUGGUUGGAUUGGCAUGUCUGGUAAGUAUCGAGAUUGAUAGCGAUCAUCGCACGGACAAUCGAGUGCGAAUGGUGAUAUGUGUGUUCGUGUGUGUCUGUGUGAAAUGCUGUUCGCUGUCUGUGUGCCAAACGCAGGACAACGACCUCGACGACAGCGCGUCCAGGCAGCUGCGUUCGUUACCGCCACACCAGCAGGCGCAGGCACUGAAGUGGGACCUGUCCGGGUACCGGAACCCCUCGGCCAAGUUCAUGUCGAUGGCGAACGGCCUGUCGGCAACGCCCAGGAUGCCCAUGGGCAUGCCGCCGUUCGGCAUGCCGAUGCCUGGGAUGCCGAUGCCCUUCGGCAUGCCGGGCAUGGGCAUGCCGGGCAUGGGCAUGCCGGGCAUGGGCAUGCCGGGCAUGGGCAUGGGGAUGCCAGGGAUGCCGGGGAUGCCGGGCAUGCCGCACUGAACGCCCAGCGUGCCCCACGGCGGCCCUGGCGGCCGACGAGGGCCUCCUGCUGCUCGCCGCUGAGGC